AUGGGCCGGCCCCGAAAGGACAGCCAGAAAGAACAGAGUGCGCCCAAGCGGCGCAAAUCAGGACCUGAGAGGUCUGAGAAGGACAUUAAAAAGGAAAAGGAGAAGUCUGACAGGAAGCCCAAAGUCAAGAAGGAGAGAGCUCCUUCUGAAUACUCUUCAGGUUCUCCGUCUUCGGAAUCCGGAGACGAUGCCCCUGGCCAGCCAUCGAGCACAUCUCAGGAAACCCUUCAGCAGAUGGAGAAUAUCGGCCUGGCUUUUGGUUUGAAGCCGAAGCUUCUGCAAGUCAAGCGUGCACAGUUGCACCUUUCGGACUUGAGCGGUCCGCAGUUGGCCACUGUUCUUUCCGGGGUGGUUCCAGAGCUCACGCCAUUGAGAUUGCUCAAGCUCGGUGGGGAAAUUGUUCAAGUACGCAAGAGUAUCAGUGAGCAGUGGAAGCAGCAAACAGCCGGCAGGAAGGACAACACAGACCUUGAUGCCAAGAUAGACAUGGUCAAGAAGGAAGCUUCAGCCGAGAGAGUCUGGAAGCAACGACUCUUUACCAUCUUCGACACAGUUUUGGGAGUGAGUCAACUGAUGAUUAUCCGGCAGCAUACGCACCUGGCCCCGAUUCAGCAGUUGCUACGUGUGGAGUGGCAGCAAGUGCCUGAGACCACGAAAAAGGAUCGUCGGGACAAGCUUUCGCAACAGAUUGCGGAAUGGGAUGUUGAGGUUACUAAGGAAAUGGAUCUGCUCAACCAGGUCACGUCGCCUCCGCCCAAGGACAGAUCAUCCCGGGGUCGACGUGGGAGGCGCUUGGAAGAGGAGGACAUUUCGGAGAAAUCUCCUUGUCGUGAGUCCGAGGGCGGCAAAACAGUCGAUGGGCCUUGCAAGCAGCCAGUGGGUAAGAAGAAGAUAAAUCAGAGCCUUUCCAGAGAUGCUUCUCUCGGUGCUGAGAGCAGAGCAGGCGCAAUGGAUGAGGAUUCAGCUGCCCAGGACGACGACGAUAUCGAUGACGACGAUAACGAUAUUUUUGGAAAUCGUUUCAAGGGCAAAAAAGAGCAGCCGAAGCAAGCUCGUUUGACACCUCCCCCCCGGCCGGUUGUUCCUGAGACGCCAAAGCUUGAGACGCCGAAGCUUGAGACGCCGAAGCUUGAGACGGAGCUUCCUGAGACGUCACUGGGUGGAUUGACAGCGAAUGCCUGUCGUCCAUCCUGGAUUGGCCUCUUGGAGGAUGAUCUCAAACUCUUCUUCAAGCGAGAUUCAGACAAGCAGAUUUUCGGAUACAUUAUCUGUGCUGAUGGCUUGAAUUCCUCCUUGGAAGACUUCAUGGAAGAGGCUUUUGGAGAUGGCGAGCACUACAGUCUCGCUGCUCUGGGUCGAGAGGCAAAAGUGCUUGCGGGAGAACUCUCGUUCAUGGGCAAGAAAUCGUUCGACAAGUGUUGUGCCUGGCUUUCUGAGCACAAGGACCGAAUUCCAGGGCACAUGACUCUCGAACAGCAGGUGACCACUCCCCAAACCCCAUGCCCAAAAUCCUUAAUUUCAUAG